AUGUCUCAACCCGACCCUCUAAGCUGGACUCUUCUCUUCAAGAAGCACAAGACCACCGUGCUUCUGAUGCUCCCGUCAUCGGAGACGAUCGCCACUACGAAAGAAGCGCUCCUCAAGGCCCUCAAAUCCCGCGAGAUUCACGAAAUCAACGGCGACUCGGUUCCAGAAGAUCCUUCUCAGAUUGAGUUCGGCGUUGCAGUGGAUAAGAAUGAUCUAGAGAAGGGCUGGACGCGACUGGAGGCUGAGGUGCCUGCGUUCGAUGAUGACAAUGCUCCUAAACGUGGAGCCGCAAAGAAAGGUGCCGGCACUCUCACGCUGCAAACAGCUGAGAUUAAGAAUGGGCAGCCUAUCGCUUUCAGGUUCCGGAAAUCCAGGGAGGACUCGGAGAAGGGUGAGGACAUGAUUGACCUGGAGCUGGAUGAUCCUGGUUGGGAUGUGAUUGUUCCGAGCUUCGAUGAUGAAGAGGAGGAGGUUAAUUGA